AUGGCGUUCCAGACCCUCGACGCGAUCAACGAGCUGGCCGCGCAGGCCGCCCGGGUGGCCGGUCCGGCGCAGCCCCCGCCGAAGGCCCCGCAGCUCGCAAGCCGGGCCUGCGACACCCCCGGGACGGCCGAGGAGACAGACAACGAGGACCUCGACGACGUCCCGGCCGGCGAGCUCGAAUGCAAGGUGUACAGCGAGGAGCAUCGGAAGGCCGUUCGGAAAGAGAUACAGCGGACCAUCAAGAGCGGGAUCGUCAUCACCAUCAUCAGCGUCGUCAUGGUCCUCGUCCUCACCUGGUUCAUUGUAAGUAGAUUCCCGCUGGUCCUGGUCAUCGUCUGGGCCUCUAUGACCGCCGUCCUCACGAUCCUUGGUGUGGCUGCCUGGAUAUGGGUCUGUGCACGGUUCAAAAAGGCACGUGCAGAGACAUAG